AUGAAAUACGUCGUGGUAUCUGGUGGUGUUAUCUCAGGUAUUGGUAAAGGUGUUCUUGCAUCUUCUACCGGUAUGUUACUUAAGACCUUGGGUCUUAAGACAACCUCUAUUAAGAUCGAUCCCUACAUGAAUAUUGAUGCUGGUACGAUGUCUCCACUAGAGCACGGUGAAUGUUUUGUUCUUGAUGAUGGUGGAGAAACCGAUUUAGAUUUGGGUAAUUAUGAACGUUACAUGAAUGUGACUCUAACUAAAGAUCAUAACAUUACUACCGGUAAAAUUUACUCUCAUGUAAUCUCUAAGGAACGUAAGGGUGACUACUUGGGUAAAACUGUUCAAAUUGUUCCUCAUUUGACCAACGCCAUUCAAGAUUGGAUUGAACGUGUAGCGCGUAUUCCAGUUGAUGAUACUGGUGAAGUUCCUGAUGUUUGUAUUAUUGAAUUAGGUGGUACAGUUGGUGACAUUGAAAGUGCACCAUUCGUUGAAGCAUUAAGACAAUUCCAGUUCCGUGUCGGUAAGGAAAAUUUCUGCUUGAUUCAUGUUUCAUUAGUUCCAGUAAUCCAUGGUGAACAGAAGACAAAACCAACACAAGCCGCUAUCAAGGACUUAAGAUCUCUUGGUUUAACCCCUGAUAUGAUUGCUUGUAGAUGCGCCAAAGAAUUGGAUCAACCAACUAUUGAAAAAAUCGCCAUGUUUUGUCACGUUGGUCCAAGACAAGUGGUUAACGUUCAUGAUGUGGAAACCACUUACCAUGUUCCUCUAUUGCUUUCUCAAAAGAUGCUUGCUUAUUUGAGUGAAAGAUUAGAAUUGGAAAAAAUUCAAUUAACAAAUGAAGAUCAACAAAUUGGUCAACAGCUAUUAGCUAAAUGGAAGAACAUGACUAACAAUUUUGGCCAUAGUGAUCACUCUGUUAAAAUUGCGCUUGUUGGUAAGUAUACCAAUUUGCGUGAUUCUUAUUUGUCGGUUAUUAAGGCUCUUGAGCAUUCAUCCAUGAAGUGCCGUACUAAAUUGGAAAUUCUUUGGGUUGAAGCCAGCGACUUAGAAUUUGAAUCACAAACCACAGAUAAAUCGAAGUUCCACGAAUCUUGGAAAAAAAUUAGUGACGCUGAUGGUAUUUUGGUUCCAGGUGGUUUCGGGUCACGUGGUACUGAAGGUAUGGUUUUAGCCGCUAAGUGGGCUCGUGAGAGUAACGUUCCUUAUCUGGGUAUUUGUCUAGGUCUACAAGUGGCUACUAUUGAGUUCGCACGUAAUGUAUUGGGAAUUAAAGAUGGUAAUAGCGCGGAAUUCCAUCCUGAAUUGCCAGAAGAAAAACAGAUUGUCGUUUACAUGCCAGAAAUUGACAAAGAAAACAUGGGUGGUACGAUGAGAUUAGGUUUGAGACCAACUUACUUCCAAAAGGGUACCGAAUGGGCUACUAUUCGUAAAGUUUAUGGUAACUGCCAAUCCGUCGAAGAAAGACACCGUCACCGUUAUGAAAUUAAUCCUACACUAUUACAACGUUUCGAAGAAAAGGGUUUGCAAUUUGUUGGCCGUGAUGAAUCCGGUAGCCGUUGUGAAAUUUUUGAAUUGAAAAACCAUCCAUAUUUCGUCGCUACCCAAUAUCAUCCAGAAUAUACAUCAAAGGUUUUGGGACCAUCCAGACCAUUCUUGGGUUUCGUUGCAGCAGCCGCUGGCGUUCUUGAACCUUUGCUAGAAGGUAAGUACGAGUACGAAGGUACCGCUGAUUUCUAA